GAGAGGCUGAUCAGGGACUGAGAGAAGGAGCAACAAGUAAGAGAGAAUUGAGGAAGAAAGAGAACGCGGGAGAAAGGGAGAGGGCAAGAAACACAAACAAGGGGGAAGACUGUAACCAAAGCCAUGACAGAGGCCUGGAAUGUGGCAGUAUUUGCUGCUCGGCGGCGCAACGAUGAUGACGAAGAUACUACUAGGGAAACUGUAUUUGCUUACACCAACAGCAACAAUACCCGUGACCCUUUUGAAGGUCCAAACUAUCAUAUUGCACCACGAUGGAUCUACCACUUAACUUCACUCUGGAUGGUCUUUGUUGUCAUUGCCUCAGUCUUUACCAAUGGCUUGGUAUUGGUGGCCACCGCCAAAUUCAAGAAAUUAAGGCAUCCGCUCAACUGGAUUCUGGUGAACUUGGCUAUCGCUGAUUUGGGUGAAACAGUUAUUGCUAGCACCAUCAGUGUCAUCAACCAGUUUUUUGGCUAUUUCGUCCUUGGCCAUCCUUUGUGUGUUAUAGAGGGUUAUACUGUCUCUGUUUGUGGCAUUACAUCUCUCUGGUCUUUGGCCAUUAUUUCCUGGGAGCGCUGGGUUGUUGUUUGCAAACCUUUUGGAAAUGUCAAGUUUGAUGCUAAAAUGGCUCUUGGUGGCAUUUUCUUCUCCUGGAUAUGGGCUGCCUCCUGGACAGCACCACCAAUAUUUGGCUGGAGUAGAUACUGGCCCCAUGGUCUGAAAACAUCAUGUGGUCCAGAUGUAUUCAGUGGCAGUGAAGAGCUAGGUGUCCAAUCUUACAUGAUUGUCCUGAUGAUUACCUGUUGUAUAACUCCCCUGAGCGUCAUCAUCUUUUGCUACUUGCAAGUGUGGAUGGCUAUCCGUGCGGUUGCAGCCCAGCAAAAGGAGUCAGAAUCAACACAAAAGGCAGAGAAGGAAGUGUCAAGGAUGGUAGUGGUCAUGAUCAUUGCCUAUAUUGUCUGCUGGGGACCAUAUACAUUUUUUGCCUGUUUUGCUGUUGCCAAUCCAGGCUAUGCCUUUCACCCCUUGACAGCUUCCCUGCCUGCCUUCUUUGCAAAAAGCGCCACCAUUUACAACCCAAUUAUCUAUGUCUUCAUGAACAGACAGUUCCGUAAUUGCAUAAUGCAGCUCUUUGGCAAGAAAGUGGAUGAUGGUUCUGAACUUUCCUCUACUUCCCGCACUGAAGUCUCAUCAACCUCUAACUCGUCUGUAUCACCAGCAUAAGAGCACUUUCUUGAUGAAUAUCUAACAUAUUGGGCUGCUAUUGCACAAACCCAUUGCUUGGACUUAAGACUGUGACCCAGGUUGGGUGCUUCUAUUUCUCCUAGGGAGAGGGAGGUGUUUCCACUUUCCUUUCAGAAUUGUUUAGGGGUGGCAAUGAAAAGUUCAUAUCUCUAUGUUCAAAUAUUCCAUCAGUCUGAAACUUUCCUGGGCUUCAGGGGUUGUUUUGAUGCUCAUCCCUUAUUGCUGUAUCUUUAAUUAAUCUUUCACUUAUCCUUCGGACUGCAAGAGAGGCAGAACAACGGGGGCUCCAGUGGAAAAGUUUAUGACUUUUGUGAAGCAGGUCUAUCCCAUAUUUUUUAUAGACAAUCCACUCAUCUUCAAGAUGCCACUUCCUAUAAAUGGGUAGAUAGUUUGAUGUAUCCACAAAAGGUGAUAAACUAGACAUCAGCCACAGCAGUUCUAUUUUGAUUAUCUUUUGCUCUACCCCUCUUACGAAAUGUUUGGGUGAGUGCAGGGAGUCCAUUGAAAGGAGGCUGGAGAAUGAAGUUAUUCCCUGCAGGUUUGGAGAUAUUGAUUUCUAGCUCUGCCCAGGAGGAAACAAUUCUGGCAGAAAUCAUAAAUGAGACUUUGCCAUAGCACUCUGGCUAUCCCAGAACUCUGUAUGGACCCACUCUGUACAUAGUAUUUGAUAUUAAAAUCGCCCAUGUUCCAUGGGAUAUUUAGCUAGAAAUGCAAUGGGUAAAAUUAUUUUUAAAAACUCUACAGCAGUGAGACUGAAUAAAUUAAUGUACAAAAAUGGUUAUAUUAUGCAUAAAAGCUGAGUUUGUAUCUUACAAAUGAUGUUGCAAAACACUACAUUUUGCCCACAGUGUAUAUUGCUUGAAAUGUAUCCAGGCAGGUGAGAAUUUGCCUUAGAUGCCAGUAUAAUGACUGUGGAUUAGUGGAAAAAGGGAAAUAGCCAAACAAUGUAAUUUUAAUUUUUGAUAAUGAGUAUCUGUGGAAAUCAAGCAGAGCGAAACUGCUAGCUCAAGCUGAAAAGUAUGAGAGCAGAAAAGUAUAAAAGAAACAAAACUGAGCAAUGAGAUAGAACAUUUUGAGAAAUUUUCCUGUGCAAACCUCAACUGAUGUAUCAGCUGAAUGAGAAUGUUGUUAGUUAGAAUGCAAUAGGAUUUCCUAUCUCAGGUACCAAAAAUUGUGGGCUGAAUAGCUUAAACAAGAGUACAAGGAUUUAAAAUAAAUUCCAUUUAUUUUCUUU